CGUUGACAUCUGUGGGCGUGGCUUGCGUCCGCGUGUGAGUGAGAGCCUCCAAAACCGAGCGGCUUGUUGAGUUUUGUCGCCUGACAGACGCGCUCGUUCGCUCCGGUUCUCUCUACCUCAUAUCAAAUCACCCGUGCUCUGUUCCUGCUGCUGAAACUUUGACCCUGUCUGAGUCGUCGUGAGGAUGCACAGCUCUCAGAAGGACACCACAUACACCAAGAUCUUCGUCGGAGGUCUUCCGUAUCACACCACCGACUCCAGCCUCAGGAAAUACUUCGAGGUGUUUGGAGAAAUCGAGGAAGCUGUUGUCAUUACUGACAGACAAACGGGGAAAUCCAGAGGCUAUGGAUUUGUGACGAUGUCCGAUCGAGCCGCGGCAGAAAGAGCCUGUAAAGACCCAAACCCCAUCAUAGACGGCAGGAAAGCCAACGUCAACCUGGCGUACCUCGGGGCUAAACCACGGAUCAUGCAGCCGGGGUUUUCAUUUGGUGUCCCCCAAAUACACCCUACCUUUAUCCAACGGCCUUAUGGAGAUAGUGAGGACGAUCAUUCCCCGUUACUGUAUCCUCCCCCUUUCCGCCAGGUUAUGAGGAUCCCCGCUCACUAUGUGUACCCGCAGGCGUUCGUUCAGCCCAGUGUGGUGAUCCCUCACGUCCAGCCGUCUGCAGCGUCGGCGGCGGCGUCCCCGUACCUGGAUUACACCGGAGCCGCGUACGCGCAGUACUCCGCCGCCGCCGCUACGAGCGCUGCAGCCGCCGCCGCGUACGAGCAGUACCCGUAUGCAGCGUCGCCGGCCGCAGCGGGUUACGUCACUGCCGCAGCGGGGUACGGUUACGUGCAGCAGCCGCUCGCUUCUCCUGCACCGGGAGCCGCAGCCGCCGCCUUCGCUCAGUAUCAGCCUCAACAGCUGCAGACGGACCGCAUGCAGUGACCGUUCCACACAAACCUACUGAUAUACCUUUUUUAUUCUUCUCUUUUAUUUGUAGUAUUUAAUAUUUAUUAUGGAGUAGAACACUGUAGUUUUAUAAUAAUAAUAUUGUUUAGUACUCACUCUUGUGUCAUUAAAAACCCUUGUAUUGCUUUUUUUUUUUUUUUUUUUUUUUAAUGGUUUUGUUGUUAAAGCACCAUCAAAUUGUUAAAAUUUCUGCUUUUGUGUCACAAGAUGUUUCGACCAGUGAAUUCGUUUUUAGGUGAGGUGUUUAUUUAAAGGAAUAGUUCACCCAGCAAUGAAAUUUGGAUGAGUUUGUUUCUUCGCAAAUGUAGCAUUGCAUCGCUUGCUCUGCAGUGAAUGGGUGCCGUCAGAAUGAGAGUCUGAUAAAAACAUCACAAUAAUCCACAGCACUCCAGUCCAUCAGUGAACAUCUGGAGAAGACAAAACCUGAAACACAUCCAGCAUUAAGAUGAUUUUAACUCAAACACAUAGAGUCUAUAAUCCAGAAUAACACUUCCUCCAGUGAACAAGUGUUCUGGUCUGAAUCAGGAGAGAAAUCUGCACAGAUCAAGCAGCGGUUAAUGUGUUAUUAUGAAUAAUGAACUUUUUUUUUUUUUGCCUGAGUGAACUAUUCCUUUAAAUGCAUCGCAGGCUAUACACCUGAUUAUUUUCAUAAACAGAAUAUAGUAUUGUUGGACACUUGUCUAAACAAAGUGCCUUCUAGGAUCACAGACCGUCAAGAAAUGAAGGAUUUGAUGUGUCUCUGUGUUCAGCGUCUACACCUCAGUGCCUUAAUACCACAAACUAACUGGUUUGUUUUAUAUUUAUUACUACAUUUUCAAAAAUAAAAGCUAUGUGCACUGUUGGAUUAAUGUGCCUUUAUUACGGUUUAUAGACGUUAAUGUCACUGAACUGGAUUUGUUGUGGCCUUUGUGUUAUUUCAUGUAAGUAACAUUUAUGAAGGAACAAAUCAUAUGUGCAUCUAUACAAUUUACGUCCAAGGAUUUGUGUUUUGAUGUAGUUUGCUCUUUGUUUGUACGGUCUGUUGAUGAAAAUACAUUGCAGAUUAUUAGAGUAUCACAUGGAAUAAGUAACAUUUGAUUUAAAAAAAAAGAAAGUGUAUCAGAUAAUUGUGAUGAUUUAUUAAAAAGUAUCUCAUCUC